UUUUUUGGGUAUUUAAUUACCUGUAUGUGUCCUGAUUAACAACAAUAAACAAUAAACAAUGGCAUCCACAAGCAGACGUACCUGUGUAAAUCAUCCCGAUGUUUUUUGUUAUGUGUGUGGUGAAUACACUUUGAAAGAGAGCAAAAAAACGAUUUCUGACUUUGUGAAAAGAGCUUAUCUUGCCUAUUUUGGCGUGCAUUUAGGAGAUCAAGAUAAAUCUUGGGCCCCACAUUUCAUAUGUAAAACAUGUGUUGAACAUUUGCGACAGUGGACAGAAGAUGAUACAGAAACAUCAACGUCUGACGAAGUUAAAAGAAUUCAAUCAGAAAACGACAGCGAUUUUGAAGCAGAUUUAGCAACUCCGCAGUGUUUCAAUCAAGAAGAACUAAACGAUCUUAUAAGAGACCUGAAUCUCUCAAAGGAAUCCGCUUAA